AUGGGCUCAAGUAAUAGAAAAAAGAAGGAGAAGCAAAAGGACUUCCAGAAAACCAAACUGAAAGUUGGGAAAACAAAGCCAAAGGCUUCGAACUUUACAGACACAAGUUUCAAAUCAAAGGCUAUCGUCGUUGCGCAGCAGUCUCUUUCGGAAGAUGCGCCAGAUCCUGUGGAGCAGUUCAAACACAACCUGUCGUUGGCUGCAACAUCCCGUUCAGAUAGCCAGCGGAAGGAUGCUUUGGCCUUCCUGACCGGGCAGCUGUCCGUUAACCCGCCCAACAACCCGGUAGGCACACCAGUCGUACUGAGCAAGCUGCUUCCUCUUGUGUCCGAUGCUUCUGCUCCCGUGAGGACGCAGCUCCUGAAGCUUUUUCGGGCGUUGCCUGCGCCAGAGGUCAGACCGGUGGCUGAAAAGAUUCUACUCUUUAUCCGUGCUGGCGUUACACACCUGUCUGCCGAGAUAAGAGAUGAUACACUCAGCGUUAUGGAGUGGCUUCUGGACGUCGCGGGAGAUGAAGUCGUCUCCUGUCCCGGAGGCUGGAUGAAGACACUCAACAGCUUCGCCGCUAUGAUGGGAUGGAGCACACUCGUGCCCAGCACCUCUAGUAAGACUUCCAAGGGCUGGACAUCGGCCCCGAAGUCCACCUUUGGUGCCUUGAAAGGUGGUCAGUCGUAUGCGAGGCAAAUAUCGGUCUUGGCCAAGUUCCUGGACAUCGGGUUCCAUCCCGAGAAGCGCUCAGCUCAUAACCCGCAGAUGUACUGGGAUAAUCUAAACCGCGUGUCUCGCGCCACGAAUCCUUUCGCGUAUCUCAAUAUCUUUGGGGCACCACGGGACGAGGAUGGAGAGAUGUAUGCCGACAGAGAGGACAGGCAGCGCGCCUUCAAUCGAAAAUGGCGAUCUCUGAUGACCAAGGCUGUCGACGAGGCGAAGAAAGAGGGCGGUGCCGUGGGCCGAGCCGCUGCUACCCUUGAUCAGGUUUUGAAGGAGGGCAUGGGCGACUACGACGAGACCGUGUCUGGUUGA